AUGCCGCUCCUACAACCACAGCUCACGUCGGCAUUGCCGUACGUCGAUGCUCAGCAUUCGACCGAAGCAAUGUCAGCAGCACAAGCCCUGAUCGAGGCCGAGAUGGACAACACAAGCACCCUACAUCCUUCGAUCCCGGCCAUGCGCGAGAGCAAAGCCUCAGAUCUAACCAAGCAUGAGGUUGCCCGUAUAGGCUCAGGUGUCGCCAAGGAUGAGAAUACAGGUAUUGACAUGGCACGCUACGAUGCACCAGAAGCUCCUCCAUCUGGCUCAGAUAAGGAAGCCUGGAACACCGCUCUUCGACAAGCCUACACAAGUGCCGAGUACCUUCGCGGUCGUGAGAUAAAUUUGUCACUACUUGAGACAUACGGCAAGAACGCGUGGUUGGUGUGCAACAGUCAGCUGGAAGAUGAGCUGAGGAGUCUCGAGAGGGAUUUGGAGGGGAGGAAAUUAGAGGUGGAAGAGGUGGAGCAGGCGAGACGGGCUGUGCAGGCUAAUGCAGCGGGGGAAGUACAGAGUCUGGAGGAGAGCUGGAGGAAGGGCGUGGGUAGGAUGAUCGAGGUGCAGGCUGCUGCUGAAGGGUUGAGGCAGGAGGUGUUGCAAAGGCAAAGGAAGGGUGCCAAGUGA